CGAUAGAUGCGAUACGGAAAAAACCAACCUCUAUUGUUGGUGUUUUGCUUUGCUGGUUCAGUGCUACAUUCGGGGCGAGAGGCAAUUGUUAUUGCGAGCUAAAUUCGAAGAAAGUAGUAACACUGGGAAAAGAUAAUUGGCAUCCGUCUCCUCCCCCACGCACCCAAUUUCUGUAAUUAAUGGAAUUUCGGAGCACUUCGUUAAUAACUUGAGUUGCUUGCACAUUAUCAAUAUAAAUCGCAAUCGCACCAGGACAUUGUGACCUUCGCAGGAGCACCCACAUAUUUCAUUGUCAGUGUCAAGGGGGAAAAAAUCAAUGGAGGACCUGACGCCAUUAACCAACCUUCAACAGUUUUAGUUUCGAGAUUAUUAUUUUUACCACUGCCCGAAAGCCGAGUUCAAACGAAUCUUACAAUCUCAAGUUGAGAUUCACCAUCUAAUUUGCGAUACUCUCUUUUCCCGAGGGUGCGCCGCGCAAGAAAAAGAUGUCCGAACGCCAGCCGCUGCUCCUGCAGAGCGAUGCCUCCGACUACGAGGGCAGCAGAGGAUCGUCGGCUCGACCCGUGCGCAGCUCUCCGCCGGACAACACGCUGGUCAACGUGCACAGCGAGGACAGCCUAGCAGUGCACGCAGCAGCCUCGGGAUCGGGAGACGAUGAGCGCGGACCGACGGACAAGUCCAGCUACAACCCCACCCACCAUCGCACCCUAGAGCACCCGACAUCCAACUUUGACACCCUGGUGCAUCUGCUGAAGGGCAACAUUGGCACGGGCAUUCUGGCCAUGCCGGAUGCCUUCAAGAACGCUGGACUAUAUGUGGGACUCUUUGGCACCAUGAUCAUGGGUAUCAUCUGCACCCACUGCAUGCACAUGCUGGUCAGCUGCUCCCACGAGCUGUGCCAGCGAUUCCAGCAGCCGUCGUUGGAUUUUUCGGAGGUGGCCUACUGCAGCUUUGAGUCCGGACCCCUGGGACUAAGGAGAUAUUCCACUUUGGCCAGACGGAUCGUUACCACGUUCUUGUUCAUCACCCAAAUCGGUUUCUGCUGCGUCUACUUCCUGUUUGUGGCGCUGAACAUCAAGGACGUAAUGGAUCACUACUACAAGAUGCCUGUGCAGAUUUAUCUGCUCAUAAUGUUGGGUCCCAUGAUACUCUUGAAUCUGGUGCGGAACCUCAAGUAUUUGACUCCAGUUUCUCUGGUUGCCGCUCUGCUCACUGUGGCGGGUCUGGCCAUUACCUUCUCCUACAUGCUGGUGGAUCUGCCUGAUGUACACACGGUCAAACCGGUGGCCACCUGGGCCACGUUGCCCCUGUACUUCGGCACCGCCAUCUAUGCGUUUGAGGGUAUUGGCGUUGUCCUGCCCCUAGAGAAUAAUAUGCGCACCCCGGAGGACUUCGGCGGAACUACGGGUGUCCUCAAUACGGGCAUGGUAAUCGUGGCCUGCCUGUACACAGCGGUUGGGUUCUUCGGCUACCUGAAGUAUGGCGAGCAUGUGGAGGGCAGCAUUACCCUAAAUCUGCCGCAGGGCGAUACACUCUCUCAGUUGGUGCGGAUCUCCAUGGCGGUGGCCAUCUUCCUUUCUUAUACGCUUCAGUUUUAUGUGCCCGUAAACAUUGUGGAACCUUUUGUAAGGAGUCAUUUCGACACCACGCAUGCCAAGGAUCUUUCGGCCACAGUCUUGCGAGUUGUUCUAGUCACUUUUACCUUUUUACUGGCCACCUGUAUUCCCAAUCUUGGCUCCAUUAUCUCACUCGUGGGAGCCGUGAGCAGCUCAGCAUUGGCCCUCAUCGCCCCGCCAAUCAUUGAAGUAAUCACUUUUUAUAACGUUGGCUAUGGCCGCUUUAAUUGGAUGCUGUGGAAGGACUUUCUCAUCCUGAUCUUCGGACUCUGUGGCUUUGUCUUCGGUACCUGGGCCAGCUUAGCUCAAAUUGUAAACGACAGGACCCACUGAAUUGAAAAACGAGGAGCAAGGCAAAAUGAGAACCUGGCUAUUCUGCCUCCAAACGUGUGCGAAUUUAUGACGAAGGCUUUAUGUAGUUUCUCUCGAACUACGAAUAUGUUUACCAUUAGUUAUUUACCUAUUCGAUACUGGUAUCGGUCCAAUCUCCCGUGGCGGUGCUCUAGUUUGUUUAACUUAUUAUUAUUGCGAAUUAGUUGCAUUUUUUGUUGUUAUCAGUUAGCUGCAAUCGUACCAGACAAUAACUAGCAUUUUAAGUAGAAAGUUUUACGAUAUAUAUAUUUGUUCAGUUUGUCAGUUGGAGAAUACUUCUGUGUUAACUCGAGGACCGCACAAUGCCAAAAGUGAUUUUACGUAGUAUUCUUAAAUAAAUUAUUAUUUAGCUUUUACUAUGUAGCCUAGGUCGGGGCAGAUCAUUCCAAAGCAACUGCUGAGAAUUUCCCAAAAACCGAAAUUAGCUAAAGUUAUCUGCAUACUUUUAUCGUUCUUAUAUUUGUAAUUAUAUAUGUAUAUGAAAUAGGUACUCCCACAUGCCGUAUUGGGUCCCAUAAUAUCGACUCCGAUACAAUAUUGUAAAUACAUCAGUUCGGUGUAUCAA